UCCUCCACAAGUGGCGACUCAUCAUGGGUUAUCACCACGCCGGUCUCGAGCGACCAUGGAUCCUCGUCGGACCAGCCAAACAGCACUAGGGCGACGCCAGGAGCGGAGGCCUUGGGUAUCGCGGAUCCGCGGUUGCUUGGCCCUUGUAGCAGGGUUUGGGUUGUGCCCAGGAAAACUCGCAAGAAACGGCGAACGGCGAGCCCGAACAAGCCGUCCGGCGUUGCCGAGAAGGCGGCCCCACGUCGGCGAGGCCCCUUCCGAGACGAAGAAUCGCGCACGCAGACGGCACUGACGAGAGAGCUGAGGUCCUGCGUGAGAUGCAGGAUGUUAAGAAUUCGAUGCCACCCGAACCUGUCGGAUCGCCAGGGGCCCUGCCUAAACUGCCUGGCGCUCACAGUCCCGGUCAUCCGCAAACUCCCUUGCCUCCGUUGGAUCAUCACGGACUCAUCACUGUAUCGCGAACAAAGCAAGCCGUACCAGCUGUUCUCUACCCGGUGGCAGUCCAUGGACCUCGUUGACGUCGACACCUGGGCAUCGAGCGAGGUCAGGCGGAUCCGCCUGUCCCAGAUAUACCUUGACGCCCCAUACGAAGUCGAGGUCAGGGAGUUCGUGCCGGUCGAGGGUGAUAUGCUGGAGGAGAAGUGGACCAGCAACGGCGUCACCCGGUCGCACAGGAUCCCCCGUUACGCCCUUGCCGAUAUGGAAAAGUCGGCCGCAGUCUUGCAGGCUUUCAUCCAGGACAACAUCGCGAGGUAUAUCUGCGGGACGGUUGGGCAGUCAGACGAGUUGAUCUGGCAGACGUAUUUCUUUGCAUUCAGGCAUGCACACAGUGCCAGGGUAGGUAUAUAUACACCCGCAGAGCGAGAGCUCGUCCUCAAUGCCUUCCGGUUCUGGGUGGCUUGCCGAAAGACCAGCAACCCCGAGCACAUCCUCGGAGACGACAAGCUCGGAGGCGACCCGGUCGACGAUCCGUCCAGCGUCUUCUACGGCCGGGUCCCCAUGCCGGUCAUCAUGAUCGCCCAGAUGGAAUGCAUCCUGUACAGCCGAGUGCUGCGGCCGGUGCACAAGAAGCUCCUGGACCAGCUCAACUUUCUGGUCAAGGAGAACAAGCGACAGUACUGGCUGACGCUCUAUCUCACCCUGUUCAUCCUGUUGCAUAGCUGUGCCAUGGUCUCGAGACGCGACUGGGAAACGGCUCGGCAGUACAACCUCCGGGACGAGUAUUGCAAUCACGAGAGCAUUUCCAAGCACCAGAGCGGGGUCAACGUGAUGCUUGCCCAUUUUCACUAUCUGAACAAGGGCGUUCAUCCAUUUCGGAUGACAUACGACGCUGCCGGCCUUCGAAAGCUUUCCAAUGCCGCGGAAUUGAAUGAUACGCAACUCGCCUUUGUCAAGUUGACUUCCCAUCUGCUCAGAGAGCCUUCACGAGUGGCUGAGAUCGCAUCUGUGAGAGCGAGGAGGGAUUUCAACCACGAUUUGUACUGGGUCGCGCAGCUUUACGAAGAGAAUUGGGUCCCGGGCCCGACU